AUGAAGCACCACCACUACCACCAUGACAACUGCAGAUGUCUUCCUCAAUCUUCAGCUUCUGGUCGCCACUCUCUUGCCUGCGACUGCGACCACCGGUCGGCGAUGAAGGAGAUCUCCAGGGAGCAGUCUCUGGUGACACAGCUGCGAGCCAUCGUCCUCCCUGCGCUGCAGCAGGCGGACGAACGCUACGAGCUUGUUGCCCAGAUGUUCCAGAGCAUACUGGAUUGCUCCAGCAAGGCCAUGGCCGAGCUGCAGCGUCAUCAGUCUGAUGAUGAUGCUCAACCAGAUGAUGUGCUGGUUGAUGACAAGAAGAGAGUGAAGAGGAGUAUCUCUGAUGACUGCAUCAGGAAGGAGGAGGGUGUCAGCAAGGAGGAUGAUGUUGUUAAGCCACGUCAUCAGCAGCUCAAGAGAGGAAACCUAAUAAUACUGCAAAUCUAUAAUAGAUCACUAAAUCAAUUACACAUAUAUGCAGAAACUACUACACAUGCGCCUACAGGCAGGAACAGAACUGUAAAAGCAACAAAGACAGUACAACAGCAAGAUGAUGACAGCACAGGCACUGAUCAUCCCGUGAUGUUCACAGUCAUCUACCACGCCUAA